AUGGGAUGCCAUUACGUAAGUCCUGUUGAGCUUCCAGUUUUUAAUAGCCAGAUACUGUAAUUUACGAAAAAAAAAAUGACAAAAGAAGAUUAUACUCACUGUAAGAUUCUCAUCGACAAUGAAUGGCAUUUGUCUUCGCGUCAAAUCGACCGGGUCAUCGUCCCGCCAAACGUUCACUAACUUCGCCAUCACUGUUGAACUUUUCUAUUGACAACAAUUAUAAAUAUGACAAUGUUCAAUCUUAAAAUCUGGACAUAUCACCACUAAUAAUUGUAAUACACUGCUAUACCAGAAAAAUAAGUAGACAGUAUCAUACGUCUGCCAUUUGCAACGAGUGGUUUCUCACUUCCGCCCUGCGUGCAUUGUCCCGCUUCCCUCUGUACGUCAUCUUAUUCUUAUUCUAAAGAGAUCAUAUUCUAAAGAGUAAAGAUUAUAUUAUAAUUGGUCACUCAAGGACAUUUUCCACCGGUACAUUUAAACAAUCGUAAUCGUAACUCAUUCUUAACGUUUUCCACACAUACAACUCUUCUUUUCAGAUAGAUUCGUAUAAAUGAUGUCUCUUAAGUUUCUCUUAAAUCUGUCAUUUUAACAUAAUUUUCGUCUUCUGCAAUAGUCGAAUAUAAUAUUCAUAUAUUUCUGUUACAAUAGAACAUAUUUCAAUACCUUUGAGCAGUUAGAGUAUAUAAUUUUUAAUUUAAUGUAAUUUUGUUUCUAUUUUUCUACUAAUACAGAAUAGUAUAGCGCAUAUUAAUUAAAAAUUUCAAUACGAUUAACAAUAUCUUCGUAAAUAAUGUAUGUAUUUACAAUGAAUAUGUGCAUAUACAUACAUACAUACAUACAUUCAUAAAAUAAAGCAUAAUAGUAAACUGUUGUUAAAACAAAAACUGUUUAAUACAUUAAAGAAAAAUUUAUAUAGCCCGCCAAUUUGUUUAAGCACGUUCAUCACUGACCCAUCAUAAGGUAGUACAUUUAUAUCUAUAUACUACCUGUACCUAAUACUUAAGAAGUUAUUCUAAAAAUAUAUUCGCAUAUGUAUGUAUUUCUAUAUAGUAUACCUGUUUGUUUUUCUUCUAAAAAAAAUUGUAUAAAAAAUAUGACGGUAGACAUAUAGAUUCAACAAUUAAAAACUUUCAAUAAUCAUUCCUUGAAAUGCAUCUCAAUAUUUCAUUAGGUCAAAAGCAAACAUGUUUGCAUUAAUUCUUUAAUUUUUCAUUUUUUUCAUUAUUAAAUUUUUUAUUUACAGCGAGCAUAACAUCUUCCCAACAGUAUUAACUUAUUAAUAAAUCUAUUUAAAAUUUCGUAAGAGAAUUAUGUUUACUAAGUAUGUUUGGUUAUUACCAUUGUUUGCAUCUAUUCUAUUAUAUUCAAAUGAUUAUUUGAAUGAUGUUACAUUUAAUUUUCCGAGCAAGUGGUUAAAUGUUAUUAAAAAUGUUUACUCUGAUCUUAAUAAAAAAUUAAAUAUAGAGUCAAACAAGAAUGCAAAUCAAAAAGUAUUUACAUCAACUGAACUUAAGAAAUACACAAAUUUGAAAAAUGGUUUGUACAUUUCAAUAUUAGGUCAAGUUUUUGAUGUCACAAAAGGUGCAAAAUAUUAUGGUCCUGGUGCAACUUAUCAUGCAUUCACUGGUCGUGAUGCAUCUUUAGCAUUUAUUACUGGAGAAUUUAAUGAAGACAGCUUAACAGAUGACAUUUCUUCAUUAUCUAUACAUCAAAUUAAAGCAUUAAAUGAUUGGGUCCAAUUUUACAAUAAAAAUUAUAUUUAUAAAGGUAGAAAAUUAAAUGGUAAAUAUUAUAAUGAAGAUGGUUCUCCAACUAAGGAAUCUUACAAUGUACAAAAAAUAUUAAUAAAUGCAAAAGAAAAGCAAUUUGAAGAAGUGCAUAAAAAGAGAAUGUUUCCUCCAUGUAAUAUAGAGUGGAAACCAGAUUCUGGAACUGUAGUAUGGUGUACUAAAAAAAGUGGAGGAAUAGAAAGAGAUUGGGUUGGUGUACCAAGAAUGUUAUUUGAAUCUCCAAAUUCUAAAGAACAUAGAUGUGCCUGUGUAAAACUUAAUAGCAAAGAAUACAAAGAAAUCAAAGGCAUGAUAAGAGAAUAUCUUCAAUGUCCAAAAACGUCAACAAAAUGUGCUAUAAAAACGGAAAACUAAUAAAACACAAAGAUGUAUUAUAGUUGAUAAAUAUAUAAUUUUAAUAUUGACAUUUACAAUUCUAUGUAAAUUUCAUUAUUUCUUACAUCUAUGAAAGUAUCUUUUCUAAUUGAAACUAAGUAAUAAUUUUUAUAUAUAUUUUGAUAUAGCAUAUUGAAAUAUAAUUAUAAAUAUUGAAAUGUAAUUAUAAAUGAUUUGUAAUACAAAAUAUAGUAUAUUUAUCAGGAA